AUGAAUCUAUCUAUCUAUCUAUCUAUCGCAGUCUGUUCAUAUCUAUCUAUCUAUCUAUCUAUCUAUCUAUCUAUCGCAGUCUGUUCAUUAUCUAUCUAUCUAUCUGCCUCGGUCUUCUGUUCAUUAUCUAUCUAUCUAUCUAGCUAUCUAGCUAGCUAUCUGAGUCUAUUCAUUAUCUAUCUAUCCAUCUAUCUGAGUUUGUUCAUUAUCUGUCUGUCAGUCUAUCUAUCUGAGUCUGUUCCUUAUCUAUUUUUCUGUCUAUCGAUAUCAGUCUUUUUCUUAUCUAUCUAUCUAUCUAUCUAUCUAUCUAUCUAUCUAUCUAUCUAUCGUUAUUCACGUUCUUUCUAUCUAUCUAUAUAUUCAAACACUCCUCAAAACAAAUAUUCUAUAAUAAUAAUAAUAAAACGAAGAAGGUAUAACCUCAUUUCUUUUUUCUUCCUGUCUGCAUUUUAUCGUUUGAUUUGUAUGUAA